AUGCGAACAUACGACGACCACCUGUACAUUACUUUCGAUGGCAACACAGUUUCCGAAGGCAGUAAGAGUGGUUCAUUGAUGAAACAAGACACGUUUUGCAGUAAAGACAAUUCUGAAGAAUCUGCUGGUGAAAAAGACUCAAAUCUUAUUGACCAGAGCUUGGAUCCUAAUAAGGCUUGUGGCCCGGGUGGAAUACCGAACAGACUUCUUCAGAACGUGUCGACCGAAAUUGCACCAUCCCUAUGCAAGCUAUUUAACUUGUCGCUAUCCCAGGGGGUUGUUCCUUCAGAAUGGAAGUUAGCAAAUCUUUCGCCGAUUUUAAAAACCGACGACCCAACAGCCUCCUCCAAUUAUAGACCCAUCUCGCUCCUAAAUACAAUUUCCAAGGUACUCGAACGCUGUGUAUUUAAUCAUUGUAGUAAGCAUCUGAAGCCUCAGAUAUACCAUUUACAGCAUGGUUUCAUGAAGGGUCGAUCAACAGUAACACAACUUGUCGAGGUCUAUGAUGAUAUUGUAAACUCUGUCGCAAGUGGAAAGGAGGUAGAUGUGUUGUAUCUUGAUCUAGCCAAAGCAUUUGACAAAGUGCCUCAUAAUUUGUUACUCUUGAAACUUCAGUUGCAUGGUAUCACAGGUCCACUAUUGUUAUGGAUGAAGAGUUAUCUUUCUGAUCGAAAACAGAGGGUUGUCGUGGAGGGUGCUUCUUCUGAUUGGCUACCAGUAACAUCAGGCGUGCCACAGGGCUCCAUUCUAGGACCUUUGUUGUUUUUGGUUUAUGUGAAUGAUCUACCAAGUUGCAUUAUUAAUAACUCGAAUAUUGCACUUUUCGCUGAUGACUCGAAAUUGUAUCGGGCGAUGGACAUAAAUUAUGACCAUAACUUACUUCAAGCCGAUUUAGACUGUCUACAUACAUGGAGCCUCAGUUCGGGAUUAGACUUCAAUUCGCGGAAAUGCAAAGUAUUACAUAUUUCAAAGAAAAGGUUAACUCUGGAAAUGAAUAGAAAUUACAGUCUUGGUGACCAACCGAUUGAGUGUGUGCCUUCAUUUGUCGACCUCGGGAUUACUAUAUGUCACAAUUUAUCCUGGGCAGAUCAUAUUGAGAAAAUUGUUGUUAAAGCUAACAGGACCCUUGGGCUAAUGAAAAGGAUUUUCCGUGAUUUGCAAGAUAUACAAACUAGAAAAAUAAUAUACUGUGCUCUUGUACAACCCAAGCUGGAAUAUGGUAGUAGUCUUUGGUCGCCUUACAUCAAGAAAUACGUGAAAUUAAUUGAAAAUGUCCAGAGAAGAGCUACCAAGUUUAUUCUAAACUAUCCUGAAGAUAUGAAGUAUAUUGAUAGAUUGAUAAAACUAAACUUAUUGCCUUUAGAACACCGUAGACAAAUUUCAGACUUAACAUUUUUCUUUAAAUCGAGAAAUGGCUUGGUAACCACCGACAUUAAUAAAUUUUUGACAGUGUUUGAGCCUGGGUAUCGAACACGUAAUUAUGACAUAAAUAACUAUAAUCUAAUUAUAAAGCAUAAGCAAGAUUAUUACAGGAAAUCUUACUUCAUAAGAACAGCCGAACUCUGGAACACUUUGCCAUCUCAGGUGAAACAGUGCGAAUCCAUUCGAACAUUCAAGACUGCCAUUUAUAACUUUUAUUCAUCUAUGUGUUUGGACUAUUGUCCUCCCUAGUAUAGUAUUACCUACUCGCUUAUUUAUUUAUUUGAUUUUAUAAUUUAUUGUUGUUUCUCCGAUAUUUUUGGAGUUUUAUGUAAAGGGGUUCUGUUGCAAUUGGGACGCAAGUCCUGUUCAAACUCCUGUCAUAUACUUAUAAUUAAUGAUAUUAUAUGUAAUAUAUGGCAAAUUCAUUAAACUAAACUAAACUAAACUAUGAAUUUAUGUUAUGGGAUACGUAUCACAUAUGUUCGCGCUACAGAAAAAUAAUUUAACGACUGCUAGGCGUGCUUGCUGUAGAGGAUCAGGGGAGUGCGCGAAAUUGGAAUGGAAAUGAACAAAACAACAUUAAUUCUAGAUCUAUUCGGAUAAUUUAUGUUAAUUUCACAUUUUAUGUGAAGUUCACAGAAGACAAGAUGAAGUUCUGUCAUGGAUUUUCAAAAUUUUUUCCAGUGAUUGUGAGUCGAUGUGUAUUUUACUGACAUUUUUGUACAGAGCAUAUUAAAUUGUUUGAAAACAAUUACUCUUGUAUAGGAAAUAUUAUUUCUUCCUCCAUCACUAUUUUAAAAGUAUUCGUGACAUAUCUGAAACAGGUAAAAAAACCUGUCAAUGAAAUAUGAAUAUUUUAGCCCAAUGAACAAUUGUGAGUUCAAUUAGUUGACAGUUUAGUAAACACUGCACUUGGUUUGGCGACGACACAAGAUCAUCAGAUCUAUUGAAAGAUAAGUAGAAAUUACAUGAGUGUGCAUAUAAAUGCUCACGAAUUGAAAUUGCGUAUGAAUUGUCGGUAAAUAUACAUGAUUAAUCCUGUGCGCGGAAAUAACAACCAAUAAAAACCCCUAAAAAGACGUUGCGAAUUGCUCUCUCCAUCCAGCUUUAUUUCAUCUGUUGGCUGUUAUAAUUGCGAACGCCGUGAGUAAGUAAGAAAACAAGCGCCAUCCAUAUUUUAAUGUUUCGCUUAAUUAGUUGAUUGACAGUAUAUAUCACGUUCAAAAUUUGCACAUCAAUAAUAAAACAGAGAAUAAUUUAUAUUCUACAAUCUCAAUAUAAAAUUCUGUAUAUUGCCAAAAAAAUUUAAAUUUAAAGAAAACGAAAUUUUUCCUUUCUUAAAGAAAAUAGCCAGCUAGUAUAUAUUUUUCAUCUGUACAUAUAAAGAUCGAAAAACGUACAUGGAAAAGAUGAGGUUACCGUUCGGUAAUUUUCAGCCCUGAGUAAAGUCCCGGACAGACCUGGUAAUUUUUCCUUGACAAGCUUUAUUUGCUCGUGUGUACGGCAAAAAAAUGACAAUUUUUCUGUGCCAAGGAGCCUUGCAAUUGCAACAUGGAUCUUGGCUUUCGUUUUCGACUCUUGUAUCGAGUCGUUUUCUUUUGCUUUUGUCUGAUUUUCGCCUGUUUUGAUCAUGGUGGUUGUUCAAGAUAUGACCGGUGCGAAGAUAAAGCAGAACUGAACAAAUUAAAAGAAGAAUUCAAUGAUAUACUCUUGAAUGCUGAGGACGAACGCGCCUUUCAUUUGACAAAAAAUGCUAAACAAAUUAGCCGUAGAAAGGCGCGAAAGAAAACUGAUCCAGUUUCAAAGAUGGUUAGAAAAGGUAAAUUUUGAAAAUGUGAGAAUGUUUGCAAUUCGGAAGGAGUAAUUGUUAACCAUAAUUUCAUUUUUAGAAACUGCGAUGAAAACACUCCGAAAUGAUCAUGAUAGACUGAUACGGAAGAGCCCGGUACGGUUUCUUUCAACUCCUUCGCCGUCCGUGAUAAAAGUUCCACGCGAAGAAUUGUGGCAAAACAAUGUCAAUGGCAGCAAAAAUAUAUCUCCAUUGGAAAAUCAAAAUUUUCCCCUGAAUGACAUGACAGGAACAGCUAAAAGAGAAAAGUUCGCUUCACUCACAACUCAACAUCUCCGGAGCAGACGUGAAAUUGAUGCGACCACAGAAAGCAAUGUUGGUCCGACCGAAUAUGCCAAACAUGUAAAUCUUAUAAUCGCAGCAAACAAGAAUGAUAUGCCGAUAGGAGCAAUCAUUGUAACAUGCGCUUUCGUACUUUCUUAUAUUUGUUUGGUAUUGUUGUUGAUAGUUUAUGGCAUGCUUCCUGAACUUCACACUCUGCCUGGGUUGAAUUUAAUGAGUUCAAGCUUCGCGUUUUUGUUCUGGCAGUCUUAUCUUGUAGUAGUAGUUUCGCUGUAUAUGCGUGCAGUUGAAAUGAAUGAUAUGCUUUGUGCGCGGGAAAAAAUGACAAAUUGGUUUUCUAUGUAUAGCAUACUUAUGAAUUCUGCUGUUAAUGUGCAUCACUUAGGAAAAACCUUUUCUGGCAAUAUUCUAGUGAAAUCUGAUGGAAAAAAGUGGAAAACCUUUCUGAAGUAUAGUCUUUUUAGCUGGGGUGUUCCUGUCAUUAUAACUGUUGUACACGUUAUACUAGUAAAGGUUGAUGUUUUAAGGUUUUAUCCAAAUAUUGCUGGCAAUUGUGUCUUGUAUAUGUUUUUCCAAUUAUCCUUCUGUUGCUGUACACUAUUGAAAUGUUCUCCUUCAGUGCUUAUCGACUUCGCCAAAAACUCAAGGCAAGCAGUAGCAUCGCACAGAGAUCGAAUAUUGUUAAGAAUCGCAAUAGCUUUGUCCUAAAUCUUAAGCUGUUCGCUAUUACUUCCAUAACCUAUUGGUUGCCUAUCAUGAUAUAUGUAUUCAUUAAUAAUGUUCACAUACAGACAGCGUUAAUUACUGUAAUGUUCCUUACUAGUUUCUACAUAGGUGUUGCGUUUGUCUUUACAAGAAAAAAUUACAAGUUGCUGAAGAAGAAAUAUUUCCCAGCAAAGAAGAAGCCAGUUAA